AUGAAGGAAUGGAAACGUAGCUUCAUAAAUGAAGUAAUAGCGGCUGGAGAUAUUCUUAAGAUACUUAGCUUAAAGAUCAGCAAGACAUGGAGACGGAACUGCUACUGCUGGGAAUACGCAAAGUCAGGGAUCUAUACGGUUCGAGCGGGUUACGAAGUUGUGGUUCAACUACGACAGAAUCAUGUGACACGUCUAAUCAGUGAACCAAUAAUAACACCACUUAAGAAAAAAGUGUGGAACCUGAAGUCAUCAAGGAAGAUCAAAUAUUUUCUCUUGAAAGCUUUAUCUGGGUUCGUAGCAUCAGCAACGCUCGACACACUACAACUAGCUUGCGAAGAAGCAGAAGCUUGGAAAUUGGCACAGUUAGGAGAGGAACUAGAAGAACCAGACAUAGGUCGAACAGAGCGACGUCGAGAAGAGAAUCUGAGAGACGGUGUUGGCCAGUGGAGAUGUCAAAUCGACGCUUUUUGGUCUGAUGUAGGCGAAUGGAUGGGACUAGGAUUCAUACUGCUGGAGGACAAUGCGAUAAAGCUGGUGGGACAGAAUUUCUGUACUAAAUCAAGAUCUCCACUACACGCAGAAGCUGAAAGUUUGAUGUGGACGAUGCAAAAAUCUCAGCAUUACCGGUACGCGCAAGUGCAUUUCGAAUCCGACUGUCAGCAGCUCCUGAACAUCCUCAAUAGAGAGGAAGAGUGGCCAAGCCUAGCUCCGUAG